GUUGAAGUCAACACCCCCUGGAUGAGGAGGUGUGUGAGCGUUGAAAGGGCCAAAUCACUCACUGCACCACACUCAUCUGUCUCUUCCUUGGAGCAUUACAGCCACUCACACUUGGACAUGCGAUAAACUUCAAUGGAAUCCAAGACUCACACAGAGAUGGACUCCUCACCACCGCAGCAGGACCAGAGCAAGAGUCAGGUGGAGGAGAUCUCCGAAGUCAAUUUCCUCAAGGACCUGUACAUGUUCAUGAAGAAGAGGGACACCCCCAUCGAGAGAAUCCCGCAUCUGGGAUUCAAACAAGUUGAUCUGUAUCUGAUGUACCAGACAGUGAUGGGCCUGGGCGGCUACGAGCAGGUGACGGCCCAGCAGCUGUGGAAACAGGUUUACAACACACUGGGAGGAAACCCGCGCAGCACCAGCGCCGCCACCUGCACGCGCAGACACUACGAGAAGCUCCUGCUGCCGUACGAGUGCCACGCCAAGGGAAUCACCAUGAAGGCGCUGCCUCAGCUUCCUCAGAAGAGCCUGCCGUUCCUGCCCUACAACAGAGAGGAGGACAGCGAGGGACUCAGGCCUCUCAAACGCAAGAUCUUCCUGCCCCCGCAGCAGCAUCUGCAGCCAGAUCCACGGGACUUUGCCAUCCCUCUUUCUCUCUACGCCCCAAUAACCCACCCAUUUGUGACGCCUUACAUCCCAGCAGCCUCCCAGAGCCCAUUCGCCCUCCCGCCACACUCCAUCAGCUUGGCAGAGAGCUUUAAAGAGCCACUUCAGCACUUACGAUUCCUGUCCGAGCGCUACAAGUCUUGGUCUGGACUGUCCAGACCGGACCCUCUCAAUCUAGUCAAGUCGCCGGACGAGAGCGAAGACGGCGGCCCCACCUCCUCUUUCUCAGCCCCUCCUCCAAGCAAGAACCCCAAAUUCCUCAACACACCAUACCCACUGUACUCCAAGCAGCACCCUCGGCUGGGGUCAAACAAACCGCAGGAAGUGGAGUCGGACGAGCCGGUCUCCGUGGUUGAUACAUCAGAAGACAGCGGUGAAUACGUCAUUGAUCUCACAUCUAAAAGAAGAAGCCCUUUUGGCGAUCCGUCACUGAAGAAUCCCCCGGACACACCAAGGAAACCCGACUCACCAAAGACGGAUUAUCACAACCCAGAGCGACUUCGGAGCCCGGACGUGAAGCCCAUUGACUCGCUGCCCAGUCCUCUUCAACAGAGCACCAGGAAGAUGGAAAUCGAGGUCCCUCUCUCUGUAUUUCAAAAGUGGCUCCAGCUCUGCGGGCCGCUGGCAACCAUGCAAGGAUUGAAGCAGCUACAACCUCUAAUCCAGGAGGAGCCGUCCAGACAGAGGGACUCCUCUGAAAAUGAUCUCCUCCACGGCAAUCUGUCGUUCCAGAUCAACUCCCAACACCACGAUGCCAGCUCAACCGCCGAGGAUCUGAGGAUACGGAAGGUGCCAAGUGCCACCUGCCCCGACCAAACGUCCGUCACUCAUCCCGGAGGGGCGCAGAAUCCCACCACCAGCUACAGGCCUCCAGCACUGACUGGAUUUCAAAAAGCCAGUCGAGAAUUGAGUGACUUUGACAGGAGGUACGGCAACAUGGACAAGAGCAGCUGGACCGCGUACAACAAGCCGAGCCCAGUUCCAGUGAAGCUGGACUACGCUCAACCUCAGGUGGGGCUGCUGAACCAAGAGCGAGAGAGGGCGCCCUCAUCUGUGUACAUGGGGAACUCCAGCGCGGACCCCAUGCUGCAGCUCACCAAAGACGAGGUGAUGAAGUUGAAGAGAAUGAUCUACAGCUCCAUGUAGGACUCCACAGCUGCUGCUGCUGCUGCUUCUCAGGUUUCAUAAACUAUUUGAUGAAGAAUGUGUCAUUUUAAAUAACCCAGCACUAUUUUUAUAUUUUUUUUGUACAGAAGUCUCACAUUGUAAAGAUGUUUUUUUUUUUGUAUUUGACCUAAUAAAUGUCAAUCUUUUAAGCAUUUCCUCAAUUUUGUACCUGCAAACAAAAUACACUUCAUAAAACGAGCCCAUACGUUGAACACAUGCACAUGAGGAGGAGCGGCCACAGACGGGGACCGAGAUGAAAGCCGUGAGGAAGUGAACGAGGCAGGGUGGAAACCACUACAGCAGCUGAGGAAGCUUUAGGCAGUU